UCUUUGUUCGGCUCACACUUGUCUGCAUCAAGAUGAUGGACGAAGAAGCCACCAAGCGCUACUUACGGGUCGGCGAUGAUGAGCCGAAGCUGAAACAACCUGAGCGAGGGUGUAAAGUUCAGGUCGGUCAGGAGGAGAGAGAGAGAGAGAUCACCGUGCUGCCGCAGAGGAAGACGGACGACCUGGACGACGGCGAGGAGAUGGCACCGUCGUCCCCCUGCUGUUUGUCUUGUAGCCGUCUAAAGGACAGAUGUCCUCGACCUCAAGGACUCGUCAGCCUGCUCAUCACUAAAGCGUGUUUGUUUGCGCUGCUCUUCGGGGUCGUCUGGUCCAUCACAGGAAGUGAGUGUUUGCCUGGAGGAAACUUGUUCGGCAUCGUCAUCCUCUUCAUCUGCUCUGUGCUCGGAGGGAAACUGGUGGGAAUGAUCCAACUGCCCACGCUGCCCCCCUUCCCCCCGCUGCUUGGUAUGCUGUUGGCAGGUCUGCUGCUGCGUAACGUUCCCUACAUCACAGAUGCCGUCUUCAUCGACACUCACUGGUCUUCAGCUCUGAGGAACAUCGCGCUGUCAAUCAUCCUGACCAGAGCUGGACUGGGCCUGGACCCCUCGGCGCUGCGUCGUCUGAAGGCGGUGUGCGUUCGUCUUGCGAUCGGCCCCUGCACGGUGGAGGCCUCCGUUGUCGCUGUGGUUUCUCACUUCCUGUUGGGUCUACCCUGGGUCUGGGGCUUCAUCCUGGGUUUCGUCCUGGCCGCGGUGUCUCCAGCAGUCGUCGUUCCCUCGAUGUUGCUCCUGCAGAGAGAAGGAUAUGGAGUGGAGAAGGGAAUCCCCACUCUGCUGAUGGCUGCUGGGAGUUUUGAUGACAUUUUAGCCAUCACAGGAUUCUCCACCUGCCUGGGAAUCGCCUUCUCUACGGGCUCGACGUGGAUGAACAUACUGAAGGGUCUCUUGGAGGUGGUGGGAGGGGUUGUUGCCGGGAUGAUCCUGGGUCUGUUCUUGUGCUUCUUCCCAAGCAAAGACCAGGAGGAGUUGGUGUUGAGACGGACUCUCAUGUUGUUGGGUUUGUCCAUAUUCUCUGUCUUCUUCAGUCAUGUUGUUGGUUUUGCUGGGGCUGGUGGUCUCUGUACCCUGGUUCUGGCCUUCCUGGCCGCACUGGGCUGGAAAUCUGACAAGGCCCCGGUGGCGGCCAUGGUCGGUCAGUCAUGGGAUGUUUUCCAGCCACUCCUGUUUGGUCUGAUUGGAGCAGAGAUCACCAUAGCAACCCUCAGCCCCAGCACUGUGGGUCUGGGACUGGCCUGUAUCAGUAUUGGUCUGGUGAUCCGCCUGCUCGUCACCUUCCUGCUGGUACAUUACGGAGGUUUCAACUUGAAGGAGAAACUUUUCAUUUCUGUGGCCUGGCUCCCUAAAGCCACCGUUCAGGCUGCUAUUGGCUCCAAAGCACUGGACAUGGCGCGGGAGGAAGGGGACGAGGCUUUGAUAAAGUUCGGACUGGAUGUGCUAACGUUAGCGGUGUUAGCCAUUCUGACCACAGCUCCCAUUGGGGCACUGGGUAUCGGCCUUGCGGGACCACGCCUCCUGGAGCGGCAGGUCAAAGAAGAAACAACGGGCGAAGAAACAAACCCAAGUGGCAUCAAUGGUGAAAAAGACAACGUGACCCUCGAGAGCAAACUAUGAGGACAAACUGAAGAAAAGUUAUUUAACACAACUUUUGUUGCACAUUUAUUUAUAUAAUACAGUAUAUAUAUAUUUGCUGUAAGUUUUGUUUAUGCCUUCAUAUGCUAUGUUAGCCUGUGCUAGCUACUGUCACUAACCAAGUGUUAAUGUUACUACGAUGUUACUACGACGAUGGUCUGGGAGGAGAAUUCACCAGAAUUCAAUUUUAUCAAAUGACUGUAAAACAAAUAUCUAUCACUCUAUCGCAAACAUUUCAAUAAAAAUACAAACUACAACAAACAUUGAUCUGAUAAACUGUUGAAUCAAAAGUUAAAAGAUUAUGUCGUGUUGAUUGCGUUGUCAUUGGCAAAUCAUUAGCUGUGGUACCUAGCAGCAAACAUCCUAUCUGUCUGAAACUUUCUGAAAAUGUAAGGUCAACUUGUUGCAAGAUUGUGACAACCAUCUUUGAAGUUCUUUCAAGAGUACGACGUUGGACCACUGUUCAGGAAUAAUCUGGGACAUUCCGAACUUAGUACAUAGCAUGCUAAACAUAGUCACAAUUAUCUUAGUUCUGAAUAAUGCCAAAUGUUUUGUUUUUAGAAACUCUGAGUUUGCAUUCAAAUAUUCUUUUUCCCCUAAAUUAAUGUAUUGCAUUUUCUGGGACUUCAGAAUAAAAAAUAAAU